CCUCGCACCCGUAUACACCCAGGAGGGAAGAGGGGAAGAAAUAGAUCCCGUUGAGCCCUUUUUUGACGCUGCGGUUGGCUCCUGUUUUUCUCCUUUUUUCCUGGCCGACAGGAGAAGCCGUCCGCAGGGUACAGCAGCCGGGUCGAAUCGCAACGUGUUUGCACGGAGUGUCACCGCAGUCGGGCUGUGUGUUUAUGUGGAAGAGCCCGAUUUAAUGGGGCUGCCGUCAGCCCGUCUCCCCGCCUCUGGACGGAGGAUCGCCGCGAUCCACGCCUGCAUUUAGACCCACUAAAGACGACAUCGUGGAUAUGGAAUGGUGCAUGCCGCUGGGCCAAGUUUUCAGCCUCUGAAAAACACCGGAAUCAUGGACAGUCAUCCGCUGUGCACCAGACUUUGUCCACACGCUCUGGACAAAGAAGAUGGAGUCGAGAGGCAAGGUCCCGUCACGCUCAACCCUCGGCACAUGAGGAAGGCAUUCAAAGUCAUGAACGAGCUGCGCAGCCAGAACUUGCUGUGUGACGUGACCAUAGUGGCGGAGGACGUAGAGAUCGCCGCUCACAGGGUGGUUCUGGCUGCUGGGAGCCCCUACUUCCACGCUAUGUUUACAGGUGAGAUGGCAGAGAGCAGGGCGAAGCGAGUGAGGAUAAAGGAGAUGGACGGUUGGACACUGGGCCUGCUGGUGGACUACAUCUACACAGCAGAGAUCCAGGUCACGGAGGAUAACGUGCAGGCGUUGCUGCCAGCAGCAGGCCUGCUCCAGCUGAACGAGGUAAAAAAGGCUUGUUGUGAGUUCCUGAGCUCUCAGCUUCAUCCAUCCAACUGCCUGGGAAUACGAGCCUUCGCCGACCUCCACGCCUGCUCUCAGCUCCUCACGCAGGCCAACAGCUACGCAGAGCAACAUUUCACCGAGGUGGUUGGGAGUGAAGAGUUCCUCAACUUGGGCAUGGAGCAGGUGUCGAGCCUGAUCGCCAGCGACAAGCUCACCAUCCCCACGGAGGAGAAGGUUUUCGAGGCAGUGAUAGCUUGGGUCAACCACGAUAAAGAUGUCCGACAGGAACACUUGGCCCACCUGAUGGAACACGUCCGCCUGCCGCUUCUCUCCAGAGAAUACCUGGUGCAGCGGGUGGAGGAGGAGUCGCUGAUUAAGAACAGCAGCGCCUGUAAAGACUACCUGAUCGAGGCCAUGAAGUACCACCUGCUGCCAGCUGACCAGAGAGCGCUGAUGAAGACUGCACGCACACGCAUGAGGACGCCAGCCUGCUGUCCUAAGGUGAUGGUUGUGGUUGGAGGCCAGGCUCCCAAGGCCAUCCGCAGUGUGGAGUGUUAUGACUUUGAGGAGCAGCGAUGGUACCAGGUGGCUGAGCUCCCGACCAGGAGGUGCAGAGCAGGUGUGGUGUACGUCAGUGGGUGUGUGUAUGCGGUCGGCGGCUUCAACGGCUCUCUGCGUGUGCGGACGGUGGACUGUUACGACCCGAUGAUGGACCGCUGGACGAGCGUGAGCAGCAUGCAGGACCGCCGCUCCACGCUCGGGGCCGCCGUGCUUAAUGGGCUCCUGUACGCUGUGGGGGGCUUCGACGGCAGCACGGGUCUGUCCACGAUCGAGGCGUACAACGCUAAGACAGACGAGUGGUUCCAUGUGUUACCCAUGAGUACCCGACGAAGCAGUGUAGGAGUGGGUGUUGUCAAUGGCAUCCUGUAUGCAGUUGGAGGUUACGAUGGUGCGACCAGGCAGUGUCUGAGUACUGUAGAAGCUUACAACCCUAAAAGCAACACGUGGAGCUACAUCGCAGAGAUGGGCACGAGACGCAGUGGAGCGGGUGUAGGUGUGUUAAAAGGUUUACUGUACGCUGUGGGGGGUCAUGAUGGUCCAUUGGUGAGGAAGAGCUGUGAAGUUUAUGAUCCGGCCUCGAACAGCUGGCGACAGGUAGCUGACAUGAACAUGUGUCGGCGUAACGCAGGUGUGUGCGCUGUAAACAACUUGCUGUAUGUGGUGGGAGGAGACGAUGGCAGCUGCAAUUUGGCCUCUGUGGAGUUCUACAAUCCGAACUCGGACAAGUGGACGCUACUGCCGACCUGCAUGAGCACGGGGCGCAGUUAUGCAGGUGUGACUGUGAUCGACAAGCCCUUAUGACUGCUCUUGACACCUGCCACUGAUUCGGAGCAGAAUGUAUUCUCCUGCUGAAUACUGAUCUUGGAUCUGUCUACGAUGCCAAUGCUUCGAUGUUGGGCAGCAUUCGCACAGGCACUGACGAAGAUGAAGAAAAUGACAAGAUUGUUGUUGUUGAGGAUUGCGAUGAAGAUUUUUGCACUUACCUGAACGGGGGAGCUGUAACAAACGGGGGGGAUCGAACCCGCGUUUUGAUCCCCUCCUGGCAGGACUGCCGCAGCGACUGGACAAACCAGUUUGAAUCGCCACUGCACCACUGCAGUGUCUCUGAAACGCUACUGAUAUGAAGCUACUAAAACUGCAAAGUUACUUUAACUUUAGUGAUGUUAACACGAGAGAGACCACUGAUUGAAUCUAUGGGAGGGGGAGGCAGAGAAGGACCAUCUGGGACUGAAAUCUUUGUUUCUCCUUGUUUUUACCCCUCCUAGUGUGUGUUUGUGUGUUGUGUGUCUGAGUGUGUGUGCGCUUGCAUUUCAAGGUGCUCCUUUGCUUGCACAUGUGAGCAUGUGUGUGUUUGUGCGCAUCUGAGUCUCAGUGUGGUGACGCCCGGUCCGACGCCGCAUGAGCGCGCUCUGUCUGACCUCUGACCUUUUACAGUGUUGCAGUGUGGCUGUUCAAGAGUGCCUGAAUGUCAAAUUAGGCCCCUGCUUCCCUCUUCUUUUUUCCUCCGUUACGUCUCGAGUACUGUUACUGGACACAGCUCCGCUGGACUCUGCUGACCUUAGAUCGGCGAUGACGCGUGGUUGCGUUAGCCAGCGUUAAUUCAGAACAGCCGGGGGAGAAGCAGUUGCAGAAAAUGUACAUUUCUUCUAAAAAAAAACAAAACAAAACAGACUUUCACUGGAAUACAGUUGUUCUGGUAAAGGAGAAGCCUCAUUCAUGUUGCCAAAAACAGUGACAGACAGAGGGAGAAUGGAUGUAUCAGUGCUUUACUGUCACUCGGCAGCCAUCUUUGCUGUGGUUGUAGCCACUAAUGACAACAACAGCCUGAACUCACUGCAUGGUCCCCAACUCUAACCUCCUCUCCUUCAACAGUACCCUCCUCUCCCUUGGUGUAGCAACCCUAUUAACUACUGCACACCCUGACGUACUAUGAAUGUGCCAAUUUUACUAUGUCUCCUUAUUUCUGUCUCUCUUUGCUACUUUACUAAUCUGUUCUCUCUUUCUGGAAAGUGACCAAACCUACUCUUCAUUUCCUUUUUCUUCCCUCUCAUCCUAUAUUGAAAAUUGCUAUAAUAGUAACUGGUAUCGCUGUUUCUUGUCAGUGUAUUGAGGAAUGUCAUGUAGGCUAAUGACUUUGACAAUGUUUCAUUACUUGUUUUAUAUUAUCAUUAAUAAAUAUGCUUCUUGUAUUUAAAGCUGUGAAAUGACAUA